GACGCCCGCCCAGGAUGCACCAUGUCUCCCCGGCGCCGGCUCUGACCAUGAUGGCCACCCAGAGUGUGCCCCCUCCUCCGUACCAGGACACCCCACAGAUGACGGCGACGGCGCAGGCGCCGGCCAAGGCGCAGGCCGUGCACGUCGCGGCACCCGCGGGCGGCAGCGCCCCGGUGCCCGGCGCCGCCACCGAUCCCCAAACCCAGCUGGAAGCCGACAAACGGGCCGUCUACAGGCACCCGCUCUUCCCGCUGCUGACGUUGCUCUUUGAGAAGUGCGAGCAGGCGACGCAGGGCUCCGAGUGCAUCACCUCGGCCAGCUUCGACGUCGACAUCGAGAACUUCGUCCACCAGCAGGAGCAGGAGCACAAACCCUUCUUCAGCGAUGACCCGGAGCUGGACAACUUGAUGGUCAAGGCCAUCCAGGUGCUGCGCAUUCACCUCCUGGAGCUGGAGAAGGUGAACGAGUUGUGCAAGGACUUCUGCAACCGCUACAUCACCUGCCUCAAAACCAAGAUGCACAGUGACAACCUACUCAGGAACGACCUUGGUGGGCCCUACUCGCCCAGCCAGGCCUCCCUCAACCUCCACCCCCAGGAGAUGCUGCAGAGCUCGCCCGCGGCGCUGCCGGCCGCCUCCAACCCUCCGCCGGGCAUCGUGGUGCCCGCGGCCGCCCUCCCGCCAGGCAACCUUGCCAUGAGCGCCGGGAGCUCCCCGUCCGUGCCAGGCGGAGCCCUGUACCAGCCCGUGACGAUGGUGACGUCGCAGGGCCAGGUCCUCGCCCAAGCCCUCGCCCCCGGCGCCCUGCAGAUCCCCAACGCCCAGGUCAACCUGGAUCUCACCUCGCUCCUCGACGGCGAGGACAAGAAGUCCAAGAACAAGCGGGGCGUCCUGCCCAAACAUGCCACCAACAUCAUGCGCUCGUGGCUCUUCCAGCAUCUCAUGCACCCAUACCCCACGGAGGACGAGAAGCGGCAGAUCGCGGCCCAAACCAACCUGACGCUCUUGCAGGUCAACAACUGGUUCAUCAACGCCCGGAGACGGAUCCUGCAGCCCAUGCUUGACGCCAGCAACCCGGACCCAGCCCCCAAAGCCAAGAAAAUCAAGUCUCAGCACCGACCCACGCAGCGGUUCUGGCCCAACUCCAUCGCCGCCGGCGUCCUGCAGCAGCAGGGGGGCAACUCGGGGACGAAUCCCGAUGGCUCCCUGGGCCUGGACAACCUGCAGCCGCUCUCCUCGGCCACGGCCACCAUGGCCAUGCAGCAGGCCAUGCUGGCGGCCCACGACGACUCCCUCGACGGCACCGAGGAGGACGACGAGGACGAGGAGGACGACGACGACAUGGAGGAGGACGAGGACGAGGAGGAGGAGCUGGAGGAAGAGCCCGGCGGCGCCCUCGGCUUGGACCACAGUGACUCGCUGGAGUAGCGAGGCGCCCUCCUCCCGCCCAAACCCGCCGGGAAGCGCCACGGGAAGACCAUUUUGGGGGAAAAAACGAAGAAAAAGGCUCAUUUCACCCCCUCAACGACUGGGGACAAGAGGAUGGCGCCGGGCUCUGCUUGGAAGCAGCGGCUUAGUUAAGUGCAGGACCCAUUCCCAAGGCACAUAUUGUGGCCGUU